CUCGGUUCUCCAUAUCCCAAUAUUGUUUGAUCUCAUCCUAAGUACUCUAUAACUCCCUUAGAUCUUAGUUUGAUAAAAAAAAAAAAUAGGUUUAAUAGCUCUGCUUGAGAGGUACUAUGGACUUUCGAAAAAAUCAAGCUGGGGAAAAGAAUGUUUCGAGUAAAGGGAUUCAAAAGAAAGUGAAGAACACUAUGUCCAUAGCAUCUAAGAGAUAUAACAUUGAUAGUUAUAUCUUACUAGACCUUGAUAAGGUAUUAGAUGAUGCCUACAGCUCUUUUCGACCGGUUUCUGCUGAUUACAAUACUAGGAAGGAAUUGGUCAAAAACCUCAAUGCUAUGGCUAUAGAUAUUUUUGGUAAAUCAGAAGAGAGCAGCCCGGUCCUUGAGGCGUAUGGCUCUUUUGCGAUGAAUACGUUUUCCUCACAAAAGGAUUUGGAUGUAUCUAUUAACUUUAGUAGCGGAACAUCUGAAUUUUAUCGUGAAAAGAAGCUAGAAAUUCUUACAAGAUUUGCAACGAAGCUCCGCUCUUUGGAGGGGCAAGGGUUUGUCAGGAAUGUUGUACCUAUCUUAAGUGCUAGGGUUCCAAUUGUCAGAUUCUGUGAUCAAGGGACUGGUAUCGAAUGUGAUUUGACAGUUGAAAGCAAAGACGGCAUUUUAACUUCACAGAUCAUUCGGAUUAUAUCUCAAAUUGAUGAUAGGUUUCAGAAACUUUGUUUGUUGCACUGUCAAUUGUUUAGUACUAAUGUGAAUAUUGUCAUAUGUCAGAUUAAGCAUUGGGCCAGAGCACAUGGGGUUAACAAUGCGUCACACAAUACCCUGAAUUCGAUAUCUAUAACAAUGCUAGUCGCUCAUCAUUUACAGACUCAAAGUCCUCCAAUUUUACCUCCAUUCUCUACACUAUUUAAAGAUGGAAUCGAUCCUCCUAUCGUGGAGAAAAGAACACAAAAGUUCUUAAACUGGGGACAACGUAAUCAAGAAUCUCUUGGUAGACUGUUUGCAACUUUUUUUAUUAAGGUUGAGGAUUUUACAGACGUGGCUAGAAAUUUUGCAAGGGUUUUUAGUGACUACGGAGCCGAAAAGAUAUACAGCUCCAUAAACAGAACAGUAGAUGAUAUAUUGGAGUUCCUCAAUGGCAAGGUUGCUGGAGAACAUCUCACACAAAAGUUGUUUAGCCAACAAACUGUUGUGGAGCCUAUUCCUCCUGUGUCGCCACAACAACCUCAUAAGAAAAGAGUCUGCUUGGAAAAGGGAUACAGAGCUGUAGGAGGGAUCAGUCACGGAAGAGAGGAGACUCAUGAAACUUCUAGAGGAAAACGAAAAAGGUCUGGUGGAAACUGGGGCUGUAGGUUUAGUGGUGGUGAAGAACCAAUGCCUGUGGGUCUGUGGAAUGAGUACAGUCGAAGUCUUGAUAUGCCAACACCACCACCACAUUAUGAUAAACUUCUUUAUAAGAAGUAUUAGAGGUCAGAUGUUAAUGAUUCGAUUAAUACAAAAGAUUGAUUUUGAGUUUUGACUAUCAAAGUAACAGAAAAGAUGCUUGAGUGAGAAAUUUACCUUGGAGAUUUUUCGUAGGGAGAGAGGGCAGAGUUCCUCUCAAGACUGUUGAACUCAUGUGUGGACAUUGUAGUGGUGCAAACCGGCACCAUCCUCACAUUGGUUUAACCAGUCAGAAACCAGAACCACCUUUGAUGACUCGCGGUCUACAUUCUCAGGUUU